UUCCAUUUCAUUCGACAGUCGACCGCCGUUAGCUGGAAACGCGUUUCGGGCCCGAGCAUCGCUAAAAUCAAAAGUACUCCUCGUACGCGCAAACUCCCGCAGAUCCCAUCCCAUCAGUUCAGGAGCAAGAGAUGAAGGAGGCCGAUCUGGAGGAACAGUAUGCCCGAUUUCCGGAGAUCAAGCGGUCGGAGGUGCAAAAGUUUAUCGAGUGGAUCCACGUCCAGCCGCACAUCUCGGAUCAGUUUUCGGAGGGCGAAGCCCUGCAUUUCUUCUACGCCUGCCGGUACAGCAUGGAGGUGGCGAAGCAAGUGCUGGACAUCAAUCUCACCGCACGCACCCACCUAGAUGAGUUCUUUGUGAACCUCGACUGCGAGCGACCGGAGCUGCGACGUGCCAUGAAAACAAUUUCUAUUGUGCCCCUGCCUGGCGCCACUCCCGAGGGCUAUCGUGUGAUUGUCACCAAAUUGGAUGACCUCAAUGCCUCCAACUAUAACUUUGCGGAUGUCAUGAAACUAUAUUGCAUGAUAUUUGACUUCUGGAUGUACGAGGAUGGCAUACAGCCCGGACAUGUGAUUGUAAUCGAUCUGAAGGGCUGUGCCCUGGGGCACUUGGCACGCAUUGGAUUGCUACAAAUGAAGAAAUUCCUUUACUACCUGCAGGAAGCGGCGGCUAUACGACUGAUUGGUUUCCACUUUAUCAACAUUGUGCCCUUCAUGGACAAGAUUAUGGCGCUGAUGAAUCCGUUUAUGAAGAAGGAGCUGACAAGCGUUCUCCAUAUGCACAAUGACAUCAAUGAUUUCUAUAAAUUUGUACCGCGCGAAAUGCUGCCCAAGGACUACGGCGGACCGGGGGAGGAAACCAGUCUGGCCAAAGAGAUAUAUUACAAGAAACUGUUGAACAAUCGCAGGGAAAUGCUUGAGUUUGAGACGCGCCAUCAGGUCAAUGAGAAACUGAGGCCUGGAAAAGCCAAGACCGUCUCCGAUGUCUUUGGCAUUGAGGGUAACUUCAAGAAGUUGGACAUUGAUUGAACAUUUUGUGGCAUUACGAUCAUCAUAAGGGAGAAUUCAUUUUGCAUUACAGGUGUUUGCUAGCAUAAUAAAAUGUGUGUGUGUGUU